AUGUUACAAGACUAUCUACCAAAUGAUUCAUUAUAUAAGGAUCUUAUGAGUAGUUUUAAAUCAUAUAUUGAUUUAGGGAGAAACUUAUUUUGUUGUUCAAAUUCACUUUUAAUAGAAUCUCUCUGCACAAAUAUCCAGAAUAUACUUGAUAUAGAUCCAAGCUAUAAGUUUACAUUGAUCAAGAUUCUGGAAAAUGCAGUAAACACCUACAAGCAUAAGAUUAAUGAGUACAAAAAUAUUGUUAACAUCAUAAUGAAAACACGCGGGAAAUUAUUCUUUAAAGGCAGUGGAUUAUCAAAAAUAUGCAAUGAAAACAAUGUUGAAACUGAUCCAAUCACAUUUGCAGCGAUAAAUGAUGAUUUAAAUACGAUGAUCGAAUUAUUAACUGUUGCUGACAACGACAAAAUUACCCAUGUGGUAGAUUUAUGCUGUAUUUAUGGUUCUAUUACUUGUUUUAAAUUUGCAAAUAAUCUCCGAGAAGCAAAGCUUACAGUUCAUCAUUUUGAACUUGCUUGUUUAGGAGGAAAUAUGGAAAUCAUUGAUAUAAUUCAACAUGAAUGUGAACCAAAUCUUCAAUGUGUUAUCAAUGCAGGUAUUGCUCAUAAUUCAUAUUUAAUCGAGCAAUUUAUAUUACAUAAUCCUGAUCUUGUUUUCAAAAAUAUUGAAAACAUCAUAUUGAGUUCAUAUAACCUUGAAUUCCUCUUCCAUUUAAUAAAGCACGGAAGCAGUUGUCAAUCAAUGACAGGUGUCUUUUGCAAUAUACCACUUAUUAAGAAUUUGAUUGAUCAUGGAUAUGAUUUUAACAUACCAGAUUCCAAAGGUUAUUAUGUAAUUCACUAUGCAAUUCAACAAUCAGAGGAAGCAUUCAUCCAAUAUUUGCUCAACAAUUCAUUCAAGAUUCAUGAGGAAAUAAUAUACCAAAUCAUAAAUGAUGGAAUCUAUUUACCAACACUUAUUAAUGAAGCAAUAAGACGCGGCGAAAUCGAAAAAUCAGCACAGAUAUAUGCUAAAACAGCAAUCACCAAUCAGAAAUAUAAGUAUUUAUUUAUUUUCCUUGAAAAAGGAGCAUUUAUUACAGAGAACGAACUAUUUGAUGCAAUUAAAUUUGAAAUAUUACAUUCAGUAAUAAUUCCAGCCAGAAACUUAAUUACACACUGCUCACAGCAAGAAAUCCAGAAUUAUGCCUUUAAUUUGAUUAAAAUGUCAAUUGAAAUUGGUAAGAACAAUCUUGCUAAAGAAGUUAUCAAUCAUAUCCAAGAUGUUAAUGAAGCUAAAAAUAUGAAUCAAAUUUUAACAAUGAUAGUCAAAGAUGGAAAUAAGGAAUUACUCAAUAUAUUAAUAUCAAGAGGAGUUAAUCUGGAUGUAACUGGAGUCAGCCCACUCCUUUCAACUUCAAUUCAAAAUAAAGAACUUGGAACCGCAAACAUUCUUCUCCAUAAUGGAGCACCUAUUAAUAUUUUAUAUGAUGGACUUUCUCCCUUAAUGCAUGCUUCUAUGUUGGAUAAUAAGGAUUUUGUGAUUAAGUUUCUUAAGCAUCAUGCAGAUCCAAAUCUUAAAGAAAAGUUUGGAAAUGAUGCCUUAUAUUAUUCGAUAAAGAAUGGAAAUAUUGAUAUUUUCACCAUUUUAUUAAAAAAUGGAGCAGAUGUUAAUAGUAUUUACAUUGAUCACAAAACACCUCUGAUUUGUGCGACAUUACUCAAAAAUGAAAAAAUGAUCCGAGAAAUAAUGUUAAAAGGCGGGGAUCCAUAUGCCAAAGAUUUAAAUGGAGAAAGUGCAAUUUCUUAUGCAGCAAAAAAUGACGGAUAA